UCCCGUGGAACCGAUCACAGAGGAUCAGAAAAAUCGCAAGCCCGCAGGCCGCAGCCAGAGAAGACCACCCAGAAGGAAGGAAGAAAAAAAGAAGGUCAUAGAUGAGAAGAACAUAACCUACAUAUUCCUCAAAUCAAACCCCUUUCAAUUCAAGUUUCAACAUUUUUUCCCUUUUUUCUUUUCCCCCUAUACUUAUUUCACUGUCAUCAACUUCGAAGCACUAGUAGGAUCGGGGAUUUGAGGUAUGAUGAAAGCACAUAGGGCAUCAUCAUGGUCGUGUUUGAUAGUGAUUCUGAUGGUUUUCGUUCAAUUGGGAGCUUCAGUGAGGACCGAUGAGGCAUAUGUCACUCUUCUCUACGGUGAUGAGUUCUUGUUGGGCGUUCGAGUUCUCGGUAAAUCCAUACGUAACACUGGAUCCACCAAGGACAUGGUCGUUCUUGUCUCCGAUGGAGUCUCCGAUUAUGCCAAAAACCUUCUUAGGGCUGAUGGAUGGAUAGUUGAGAUGAUUAGUUUACUGGCUAAUCCUAAUCGAGUGCGUCCAAAGAGAUUUUGGGGCGUCUACACAAAGCUCAAAAUAUUUAAUAUGACUAACUACAAGAAAGUUGUUUAUCUUGACGCGGACACUAUUGUGGUAAAAAAUAUUGAUGAUCUAUUCAAAUGUCAAAAAUUCUGUGCUAAUCUGAAGCAUUCUGAGAGGUUGAAUUCGGGAGUCAUGGUGGUGGAGCCAUCUGAAACCCUUUUUAAUGACAUGAUGAGCAAAGUGAAGACUCUUGCGUCUUACACGGGAGGAGAUCAAGGAUUUCUCAAUUCAUAUUACUCUGAUUUUCCAAAUGCACAUGUUUUUGAGCCAAAUUUGAGCCCAGAGGCAUUGAAGUCCAGACCCAUUCCUCAAAUGGAGCGACUUUCAACGCUGUAUAAUGCUGAUGUUGGUCUUUACAUGCUUGCUAACAAGUGGAUGGUUGAUGAGAAUGAACUCCGUGUGAUUCACUACACACUUGGCCCUCUUAAGCCCUGGGACUGGUGGACAUCAUGGCUUCUGAAACCUGUUGAUGUCUGGCAGGAUAUAAGAGUACAACUUGCAGAAUCCCUUCCUGGCACGGGAGGGGGCCAAAAUCCUAAAGAGAGUUUUCUUGUGAAGUUUCUCUUUCUGCUACCAUUCUGUGCUCUUGUCAUCUGCUUCUACCAUUCAUUUCUAAAGAAUCAAGGGUCUUCAUUUUGUAGAAGCUCGCUAUGUGAUCAUUUCAGACGCUAUUAUUACAAGAUUAGAUCAACUGGACCACUUACAUAUACUAGUAUUUCGACAUCAACAAUCAAUUCGUCCCAUCAGCUCUUAAAUGGUUCUCAGUUCAAGGUUCCUGUCUAUUUGGGAGGCAUUUCCAUCUGUGUCUGUUUUAUGGCUGCAGUGGUGUCUCUAGGAAUAGCUCUUGCGAUUAUUCCUCGGCAAGUGAUGCCAUGGACUGGUUUGCUUUUGAUGUAUGAAUGGACAUUCACAAUUUUCUUUAUAUUAUUUGGAGGUUAUCUCCAUUUGAUUUAUCAGUGGGGGAAGAUUGUGGCAUCAAAAGCAGUGUCGUCCUUGUCGCAACCUGGGUCUUCUGAUUAUGAUUCAGGAAAACGUCAUCAACGACAAGCCUCAUCUUGUGAUGCUACUACGUGGUUCUAUGGUUUAGGGAUGGCCUUUCUGGCAAUUGCUGCUCCAUCUUUGCCUUUCGUCUUUGGAAUAACUGCCCUGUUUGUUAGGUUAGGAUUGAUGGUUGUUGGGGGCAUAAUAUUGGCAUCUUUCAUGACAUAUGCUUCUGAACAUCUUGCCAUCCGUUCAUUUCUGAAAGGCCUUGAAGAGUGGGAUAUUGCUAGAAACAGGACUUUCUGUUUCUUAUGCUGAUUUGACCAUAGGAAUUGGUGUAGACUGUGGUAGAUAUUAAUUUGCUUCAUUUAUUCAGCAAAUAUUUGUAUCAUCAUAGUGGUGUUAGUGGCAAAUGUAAUGUAGAAAAAUUUUGUCACCUAGCAGUUGUAUUGGCUCAGGUCCUGUUGUAGUUGUAUUAUUUUAUAUUUUAUAUAUUCUACCGUCCGUUUCAAAAUCACUUUCGCUUUGAUUUUUCUGAUACAUUAAAAAAUUAAUGUAUUUUGACUUAUUUAGCAUCUAAGUACAUUGAUUUUUUAAUAUAUCAAAAAAGUUAAAACGACAAAUAUUUUGAAUCGGAGGAAGUAUUAUUCUUUGGUAGGUGUCGAUAUAUUGAAAAUUGCAUGGCAUUGAGACUUGAGAACUGCUAUGCUUGGUUAACAUUCAUUUAAUGCGAGAUUGUUCUGUUCA